AUGCCUUACAAUAUUGCUAUGGUCAGCGACUUCUUCUUUCCACAGCCAGGUGGAGUUGAAAGUCACAUCUAUCAACUGUCAACGAAACUCAUCGACCGCGGCCACAAAGUCAUCAUCAUAACUCACGCCUACAAAGGCCGCACUGGAGUACGCUACCUCACCAACGGUCUCAAAGUCUACCAUGUUCCUUUCCUCGUCAUCUACCGCGAGGCCACGAUGCCAACGCUAUUCUCGUUCUUCCCCAUAUUCCGCAACAUCAUCGUUCGCGAACAGAUUCAGAUUGUCCACGGUCAUGCCAGUUUGAGUAGUUUCUGCUGCGAGGCUAUAUUGCAUGCGCGUACGAUGGGAUUACGUACCGUCUUCACGGAUCAUUCGUUGUUCGGGUUUGCGGACGCAGGGUCGAUUCUUACGAAUAAGCUGUUGAAAUUUAUUCUUAGUGACGUGGACCAUGUUGUCUGUGUCAGUCACACCUGCAAGGAAAAUACGGUUUUACGAGCGUCGCUGGAUCCGCUGAUGGUAUCCGUCAUACCCAAUGCGGUCGUCGCUGAAAACUUCCGCCCUCUCUCUUAUCCGACCACAGACAGCAUCGCGGGUCAAGCGUCUCGGCCAGCUCCGCGAAUUAUCGGACCGAAUGAUACAAUCACGAUUGUCGUGAUUUCACGACUCUUCUACAAUAAAGGUAUAGAUUUGCUGAUCGCAGCGAUACCACGAAUACUCAAAUCGCACCCGAAUGUGCGUUUUAUCAUUGGCGGAUCAGGUCCGAAGGCCAUUGAUCUAGAACAAAUGUUGGAACGAAACAUGUUACAAGACAAGGUCGCAAUGUUGGGCCCUGUACGACACGAGGAAGUGCGAGACGUGAUGGUCCAGGGAGAUAUAUACCUCCAUCCCAGUUUGACAGAAGCGUUUGGAACUGUGCUGGUCGAAGCUGCGAGUUGCGGUUUAUAUGUUGUGUGUACACGUGUUGGAGGUAUACCGGAGGUACUGCCACAGCACAUGACAACGUUUGCCAAACCAGAGGAAGACGAUCUCGUCCAGGCUACCGGUAAAGCCAUUGCAGCACUUCGAUCAAAUAAAGUGCGCACGGAGCGAUUUCACGACCAGGUGAAGAUGAUGUAUUCCUGGACUGACGUUGCGCGCCGAACUGAACGGGUCUACAACGGAAUAUCUGGUGCCAUCAGCGAACUCGAAUUCUACGGACAUUAUCCAGACGCAGGCUGGGACGCCGUUCGCGGUCGCACUCGCAGCUUUGCGCUGAUUGACCGGUUGAAAAGAUACUACGGAUGUGGUAUCUGGGCCGGUAAACUGUUCUGCAUGUGCGUUGUAAUUGAUUACCUGUUGUUUGUGUUUUUGGAAAUGCUCUGGCCUCGGGCCAAUAUCGAUAUUGCGCGUAGUUGGCCCAAAAAACAAGUGCCGCAUCCGGAUGCCGCUGCAGCUACGAAGGGAAAUUUGACGAGAAGUACAAGAGAUCGACUGCGAGCUAGUGGUUGA